CAUAUUUUUAGUUCGGAAGCAAGUUUACUGCAUAAUUUGUAAUAUCGUACAAUUUGAAUUCGAAAAAUAAUAUUUAUAUUGCUUCUUUUAAUUUUUGUAACAAUAGAUAUAAAAAAUAGUUACCAGACUAGAUAGAUUUAUUUUACUUCUUCCCCCUGGGACCGUAACAUCCAUACAUAGAGGACAAAAUAUUCAUAUCUACCCUAGUUAAAUAAUAGCUAAGUAAGGAACAUGCCAUCUAUUACAGGAAAAUAUCAACAUUACAAAAACGAAAAUAUUGAUGAAUACUUUUUAGCUGUUGGUGUACCAUAUAUUGGCCGGAAAAUGAUGUCUUUUUCAUCACCAUUGAUGGAAAUUACAUUAGAUGGUGAUAAAAUGACUAUUAAAAAUGUUUCAUUGUUCCGAACUAUUGAACAUUCUUUUAAACUUAAUGAGGAGUAUGAGGAACACAUGCCUAAUACUAAGAUAAAGAGUAAAACUGUCAUUGUAAAUGAUAAUGAAAUGAUGACUGAAUCAGUUAUACCUGAAACAGGAGCCAAAUGUGGCAGACAUUAUACAUUUUCUGAUGAAGGUUGUGUCAUAACUCUCACACAUGAAAAAGCAGCAACACCAGGCAAAAGAUAUUUUAAGAGGGUUAAUUAAGCUUUGAUGAAAGGAUAUCAGUGUACUUACUUUAUAUAUACUUAUUACAUUUUAUCAUUUAUAAUUUUAUAAUUAUAAUCAUCAACUGUAUUAACUUUUAAAAGAUAAAAUAUAUUUUUUUUAAUAUAAAUAAAUAUUUUAAAUUGUGGUUUAAUGUAUUUGGACUGAUUUUAAUAUUAAGUAAAUUUUAUUAUGCUAUAAUUAUAUUUUUACUAUUAAUAAUAAAUGUUUUAUUUUAA